UCAGUUCCCUUCCUCACUUCGCGUCGGUCGGUUAGUUCCUAACCUCUUUGCGUAAACGCGUGUUUACGCGUGUGGAACACAGUUGCUCAUUUCGCAGAUGUAACUUGAACGAAACGUGAAAGAAAUAUGAACAUGAACAGUGUAAAACGAGCGGCGUAUAAUCUCACCACCCUGGUCAGUGUAGGCCUAGGAGGGUGGUAUUUAGGCAAGUAUUCGGAACAGAGGCGAGGCGAGAGUCAGGAAGACAAUGGAACGAGUAUGUUGUCAAUCGCGCGAACACGUAACAUGCCGGGUUUGCCUCUGUAUGGCACAAUUUCGGCCGCUACCGCCGUGACACCCGCUGAAAGGAAUCUCGAAAUGGGCUCGAAACUGUCGUCCGCCGCCACGAGAGUGUCGGAGAUUAUGAAAUUUGGUUUUCCCGGAUUGGAUCAUGUCAGGUCGUACGAGGACUUUGUGCUAUCGUACGAUAGACGGAACCGAGUCGCUCACUGGGUCUUUGAACACUUGACCAAGGAGAAACUGCAGUACAAUAACGAGGUGGAGCGUUCGAAAUGUGAGUUCAAGCCUGACCCGAGUAUACAUCCCUUCUUCAGGUCAGAGAAUAUGGAUUACAAGGGAAGUGGCUAUGAUCGUGGUCACCUGGCCGCGGCUGGUAAUCACAAGGUAGAACAGAAGCACAUGGAGCAAACCUUCUUCCUCUCCAAUAUGGCACCACAGGUUGGCGUGGGUUUCAACAGAGACUCUUGGAACAGAUUGGAGAAAUAUGUUAGAAAAUUAACGAAAACCUAUAAGGAUGUUUACGUGUGCACGGGACCGCUGUAUCUUCCAAAGAAAGAAGCAAACGGAAAAAAGUACGUGCGUUACGAAGUGAUAGGCGCGAAUCACGUGGCAGUACCCACGCACUUUUACAAGGUGGUUGUCUGCGAGACCAAGGAGGGCAAGUUGGAGAUGGAAGCUUUCGUGAUGCCAAACACACCGAUCGACGAUAACGCGCCACUCACCAACUUCCAGGUGCCACCAGAGAGCGUCGAACGUGCAGCUGGACUUUUAUUCUUCGACAAAAUAUCACGCGAUAGACUGAGCAAGGUGAACGGCAAGAGCGUACGCUGAUUUUGACAAUUUGCUCAAUAGAAGAAUCUUAAUUCUUGAUUGCCACUGAGUAUACUUUUAAGUUUCGAUUAAUUUUAUUGUACAUAAUUUUAGAAGUUUUAUCAUGAUCUUAUAUACCCUUUGUUUUAAUUGAAGUUGUUUUAGCUCAACUGUAUUUUAUCGAAGUGACAAAAAGAUAAUAACAGUUUAUUAAAUAU